AUGCGGUUCCUGCGGAAGCUCAAGGAGGUCUUCGACGUGUGCGACGAGGAUGCGGACGGCUUCAUCCGGGUGGAGCGUUUCGUGGCCCUGGGGCUGCAGUUCGGCCAAGGGGAUGAGGUGGAAAAAUUGGCUAAAUACUUGGACCCAAAUGACCUGGGAAGAAUCAACUUCAAGGAUUUCUGUCAUGGAGUUUUUGCUAUCAAAGGCUGUGAAGAGUUACUGAAGGAUGUGCUGGCUGUCGAAAACCCUGGGUGUCGGCACUAUGAGCCGCAGUAUGUGGAUUACUACUACCAGGGUAGCGAAAUCCAGGACGGUGCCUAUUUGGACGGUGAAAGCGCGUACAGUGAGUCAGAGCUGUUUCCUGAUGAAGACACGAUGACCCUGGCCCAGCAAGAGGUCCACCAUGAGUCCGACAUGGACAGUGCCAUCGAGAGCGCACAGAGCUCUGAGGCAUCGGACGUGUGUGGCACUGAAGAGAAGGACAGCGUGCUCAGUGGACUCUUUCUGCCUGUAGACAAGUCAAGUCCUCACAACCCCUCUGCAGCCUCUGACCUCUCCACCUAUUCCACUGCCUCUCUAAUCAGUAACGAGGAACAAUUUGAAGACUAUGGGGAAGGAGAUGAUGUGGAUUAUACUCCCAGCAGUCCAUGCCCUGAUGAUGAGACCAGAACCAACGCCUACUCUGACCUUGGCUCAUCUGUGUCUUCCAGCGCUGGGCAAACGCCAAGGAAAAUGAGGCACAUUUAUAACAGCGAGUUAUUGGAUGUCUACUGCUCACAGUGCUGCAAAAAAAUAAACCUGCUUAAUGACUUGGAAGCGAGGCUGAAAAACUUGAAAGCAAACAGCCCCAACCGAAAAAUCUCAAGCACAGCUUUUGGAAGACAACUCUUCCACAACAGUAACUUCAGCAGCAGCAAUGGCAGCACAGAGGACUUGUUCAGAGACAGCAUAGACUCAUGUGAUAAUGAUAUCACUGAAAAGGUCACUUCUUUAGAAAAAAAGGUGACAGAACUGGAGAAUGAUAACGUGACAAAUGGAGACCUGAAGAGCAAAUUGAAACAGGAGAACACGCAGCUAGUUCACAGAGUUCAUGAACUAGAAGAACUGUUGAAAGACCAGGAGACAUCAGCUGAACAAACACUAGAAGAAGAAAUAAAAAGGCAUAGAGAAGCAUACAGCAAGUAUGAAAAAGAAAAGGGCACUGAAAUUGAACUGCUAAAUACAAGGGUUCAACAGCUUGAAGAAGAAAAUGGUGAACUCAAAACCACCGUCACACGACUGAAAUCACAAACUGAGAAACUAGAUGAGGAGAGGCAACGCAUGUCGGAUAGGUUAGAAGACACCAGUUUGCGGCUGAAGGAUGAGAUGGACUUGUACAAAAGGAUGAUGGACAAGCUGCGACAGAACAGACUUGAAUUUAACAAGGAGAGGGAAGCUACUCAGGAGCUCAUUGAGGACUUGCGAAAGGAACUGGAGCAUUUGCAACUGUACAAACUAGAUUGCGAGCGCCCCGGCCGGGGGAGAAGCUCCUCGUCUAGUGUGAGUGAAUUCAACGCACGAACGAGGGAAGUGGAAAUGGAGCAUGAAAUUAAACGGCUAAAGCAGGAGAAUCAGAAACUUCGUGACCAGAAUGAUGACCUUAAUGGACAGAUCCUAAGUCUUAGUCUUUAUGAAGCUAAGAAUCUCUUUGCAACACAGACAAAAGCCCAAUCACUGGCUGCUGAAAUCGACUCUGCAUCAAGAGAUGAGCUCAUGGAAGCUCUUAAAGAACAGGAGGAAAUAAACUACAGAUUGCGACAGUAUAUGGACAAGAUUAUUUUGGCCAUCCUAGACCACAACCCAUCUAUCCUGGAAAUAAAAAAUUGAAGGACAAAAAAAGCAAUUGCCUGAUAUUUCUGCACAUGCCACUGGAUCUAAA